AUGGACGAGGUCGUUUACCAGUCUCUUCUGCAUUUGACCUGGAUCGACGAGCUACUCGAAAAUAUCAAAACCAUUUUCAUAGAUCUAUAUAAGGAGCAGCUGAAGGGGCCGAGGUGCAGAGUGGUGGAAUAUCCGUUCGACCCUUAUUUCGAGCAGCAACUUCAAGAGCUGGAGCGCGCCGCGGGAUCCUCUAUCGAAGAUGGGCCUCGACUAAUUGUGGAAGAUAAGAAAGAUACAUUAGCCCAUGCGGACACAGGAGGGCCACCACCUCCACCGGUUCCCGGUCUCUUGCCUGUGCAGCAACGAGCUGCACAGGUGUCGGUGGUGUCAGAAGAUAGUACGCCAUCCAUGUCCCCGGGGACCUCGCGAUCCGCGUCUCCGGCACGAAACCACAUUUUGACAGGGAAGUCUGGGCCUGGCGGGCGGGUUUCAAGGCGUGCUCGCAAGGCUGCCAGUGCUACUAACUCUGCUCAAAAUGGCGACACCCCCAAGAAAGGGAAGACUCCGAAAGGUGGGCAAAAGAAGCUGAGGAAAUGGGGCGUGGAUGGUCUUGCCGAGGAGGAUGAUGGGGAGAUCCUUGACUACUCCGCUUCGGAUGCAAAUGCUCCCGAGUCGGCGCCAGGAGUUCAAGUUGAAGCAGUUGAUUCUAGUAAAUGGGGCACCAAAACCUCCAAAGGCCAAUUUGUUUUGAAGGAUUUAGGAGAUGAGGUCCAUUCUAUCUUGGAAAAAGCAGACCAGCAGAAAACCAAGUCCAGUACCUCCAGUGGCAUGGUCAGUUCUGGUCUCGGUGCGAUCAGUGGUUUAUUCCGUAACGUGAUCGGUGGAAAGGUUUUGACGAAGGCAGACCUUGAGAACCCGUUAAAGGCCAUGGAAGACCAUCUAUUGAAGAAGAACGUUGCGCGCGAGGCUGCUGUCCGACUAUGCGAGGGCGUGGAACAAGAGCUAGUCGGAAAGAAAACAGGCAGUUUCCAGAGCAUUGAUGCCGCACUCCGGUCGGCAAUGGAAUCUUCGCUUCAAAAGAUUCUCACGCCCACUUCGUCCCUGGAUCUUCUCCGCGAAAUUGAGGCCGUAACCUCGCCUCACGAUAGGCAGCAAGCUCGCCGACCAUACGUGAUUUCAAUCGUGGGCGUCAAUGGAGUGGGUAAGUCGACUAACCUCAGCAAAAUCUGUUUUUUCCUCCUUCAAAACAACUACAAGGUUCUCAUCGCUGCCUGCGACACGUUCCGUUCUGGGGCUGUGGAGCAGCUGCGCGUCCAUGCACGGAACUUGAAGGAGCUGAGCGAGAGGGAAAACGUUGGCCAUAUCGAACUGUAUGAAAAGGGAUACGGCAAAGACGCUGCAAACGUUGCCAAAGAUGCGGUCGCCUACGCCGCAAGCAGCAACUUUGACGUCGUCCUCAUCGACACCGCAGGUCGUCGACACAACGACCAGCGGCUGAUGUCCUCGUUGGAGAAGUUUGCCAAAUUUGCGGCUCCAGAUAAGAUUUUCAUGGUUGGCGAAGCACUUGUCGGCACGGACAGUGUCAUGCAAGCGCGGAAUUUCAACCAAGCGUUUGGAACCGGGAGGGGCCUUGACGGGUUCAUCAUCAGCAAGUGCGACACUGUUGGGGACAUGGUUGGGACACUGGUCAGCAUGGUGCACGCGACCGGCAUCCCCAUCGUCUUCCUUGGAGUCGGCCAGCAUUACGGCGAUCUCAGGGGCUUGAGCGUCUCGUGGGCGGUUGGGCUGCUGAUGAGGUAA